GGGGCUUGGAGGCAACAAUCUGAGUGGCGUCAUACCUGCUAGCCUGGGCGGACUUACCGAUCUAACAUACCUGAACGUCUCGAGCACGGGGCUGACCUGCCCUGCAGACGGCAGCAAGUGCCUGGUGAAGCAUAGCAAUACCACCGGCUUCUGCCACCUCUGCUUCUCCUUCUGCUCCUCCUGCACGCCCCUUGCUUUGUCAGCACCCACCAAGGAUCCAGCAUUGGUGACUCCAGCACCGCCAGCACCUCAGGCACGAUCGGCAUCUGGCCCAAGCACGCUUAUUGCUGCUGCCAUUAACCAUUCGACUGCUGCUGCUGUUGCCGCCGUCUUGCUCAUGGUGUUCGGGAUGUGA